GAUCCAUGGCUCACCAGUUCCUUGUCCUAACUGUCUGCCUAGCAAUUACAUCCCUUGCAGACAACCAGUCAGCUACAAACCUCACUACCCCAGAGGAAAGCAAAAACCUCAAACCCCAGGAUGCAGUAUCAGAUCAACAAGAUGCCAGCAUGAAGAAAGCAGACAUGAGUUCAUCCCGCAGCACCACAGCUUAUCCAAAGGACUGUAGUGAGAUCCCAAAAGGAAGUCCAAGUGGACCACAAAUCCUCUACCCACAGGGAACAUUUAGCAGUUAUUUUAUCGCAUUCUGUGAUAUGUCUUCAGAUGGUGGUGGCUGGACAGUCAUCCAGAGGAACCGUUAUGGAUCAGCAAAUAUCUGGGAUCAGACAUGGCAAAUGUACAAAUCAGGAUUUGGAAGCGUUGCAGCAGAACACUGGCUGGGUAAUGAAAAUAUCUACCAGCUAACAAGUCAGAAAAUGUAUAAAGUGAGAUUCGUAAUCUAUGAUCCAAGCAACAAUUUGAGAUUAGCAAAUUAUGACUAUUUUGCUGUGGAGAGUGAAAGCCUGGGUUAUGCAUUGAGACUGGGAAGAUAUUCUGGUAAUGCAGGUGAUGCUCUGAUGACCUACAGUAGUAGUCUUAUGCAGGACAACAUGAAGUUCUCAACCAGAGACAGGGAUCAGGACUUUAGUUCUACUAACUGUGCAUCCACAAAUGGUGGUGGUUGGUGGUACAAUAGCUGUCGUUAUGGUCAGUUAAAUUCUUACAACACUAUCUACUGGUAUGGGUUCUGUCAUGGUAACUGUAAAGGCAGUGAAAUACUCAUAAAACCAGUGAAUGCAUAAAUGUAUUGAAAGGGUAUUUUAUUUUUACUGAUAAUUUCUGUUUAAUGAAGUUGUAACUAUGUAAUAUGAUCAGAUUGUGCAAUCGUCUGAUACUGUUUUAAUAAUUUGCAGCAAUA